UAACCGUUUCACACUCUGCUUCUUCAAGGAAACCAUUCGAAAUAAGACUUCGCUGUCGAUUAAAGGUGUUUCAAUUCCAGGGCAACCUUCAACCUUCAAGAGUCUUGUGCAAGCUUAGCCUAUCAAAUCUCUGCACGGCGGCAGGAUCUUUGAGCGGACCAAUAAAACACAAGCUAGACACUUGAAACCGCAAGCUGCAGCAACGGACAGUGUAUGUGCUUCUACAACCAGAGGAAGUUUUCAUGCGGUGACUGGAGUUGGACCAGCUUCGCUCACCGUUGCAAUUACGAAUAUCGUACGGGCGAGACAUGCGGCAUGAGACUCGUGAAUGAGACCUUCAACGAGAAGGUGAAAUGCCGCCUGUGCGAUAAGAUUGAUACCAAGGUGCGGCGGCGAAACGCCGAGGUGGAAAGAUUGACUCGAUGGAAGCGCGAGGGAGGCACCCUCGUAGCUUCCAUGGAACGAAGUCAGGCUUUGAUCAAGGAGCUCGAAAGAGAAAUUUUCCAGCUGGAGCGAGAGAAGCAAGAAAAGCAGCGAGCACUGUCAUAGGAGGACCUUGAUGAUCUGCGGUGGGAAAAUUGAGCGAGAAUGUCGCGAGUCAGAUGCUGUUUCUUUUCUUCAAAUUUCAGAUUCCCUCAUUGGUUAUGCUUCGAUCAUUCUUCUUGUUUGUAUCUUUGGUGGUUAGCCCCUGGGUUUCACUGUCGAUGUGUCACGUUGCGUGAACUCGACCAUUGUUCAUCUCAAACUCAUCUUUCAGGCCGCAGCCUCACAAUGGUUGGCGGAUAGUUUUCGGUCUGAGCAAAAAGCCCUGAGCAAGAGGAUCAGG